AUGAGGAAUUUUCAGAGGGAAUAUGAGGAGUCAGUUUUUGUUCACGUAACAAAUGUUCCAGAGACUCCUAGUGGAGGUGUUCAGGUUGGAGACAUUGACAACAUAGUGGCUGACACAGUGAUUAAUGGAAAUGAGGAGAGAAAAGGUACCGGUGCCAUCAGGACCUGGUGUCAAUUCCGCAUUGGGAAGGUGUUGUGGAGGAGAAUGAUCAGGGGAUGGCUGUGUGGGAGAGAGAGCCGUGUGGUCUUUGAGGACGUGGCCAUAUAUUUUUCCCAGGAGGAGUGGGGGCACCUUGAUGAGGCUCAGAGAUUCCUGUACCAUGAUGUGAUGCUGGAGAAUUUGGCACUUUUGUCCUCACUAGGUUGUUGGCAUGGAGCUGAGGAUGAGGAGGCUCCUGCUGAGCAAGGUGUUUCUGUGAGAGUGUCACAGGUCACAACUCCAAAGUCAGGUUUAUCCACCCAGAAGAAGGCCCAGCCUAGUGAGACACGUGGCCCACUCUUGAAAGACAUUCUGCACCUGGCUAAGCACAAUGGAACAUACCCUGAACAAGAGAUAUAUAUUUGUGAGGCAGAACUUUACCAGCACCAAAAGCAGCAGAUUGGAGAGCAUCUUUCCAGAAGGGACGAUUGGAGGCCUUCAUUUGCAAAGAACGACAGAAUUCACAUGGCCGAGAGGACCUUCCCCUGCAAGGAGGGUGGCAAAGAAUUUACUGCCGAUUCAGACCUUCUCCAGCACCAGGCUCCUCAUAGUGGAUGGAAGCCAUACAGGGACACCGAGGGCAGGGAAAUCUUUCAAACUGGAGAAAAUCAUUACAAAUGCAGCACAUGUGGGAAAUCCUUCAACUGCAAACAUUCACUUGUUGAGCACCAAAAAUUCCACACAGGAGGAAGACCUUAUGAGUGCAGCAAAUGUGGGAAAUUCUUUAGGUACAAUGCUAACUUCAUGAAACAUCAGAGAAUUCACAGUGAAGAAAGGACUUAUGAAUGCAGAGAAUGUGGAAAAUGCUUUAUGUACAACUAUAGACUCAUGAGACAUAAGAGAGUUCACACUGGAGAAAGGCCUUAUGAGUGCAACAUAUGUGGGAAAUUCUUUAGGUACAGCUCCACGUUUGUUAGACAUCAGAGAGUUCAUACUGGAGAGAGACCAUUCGAGUGCAGCAAAUGUGGGAAAUUCUUUAUGGACAGCUCCACGCUUAUUAAACAUCAGAGAGUUCAUAGUGGAGAAAAGCCUUAUAAGUGCAGUGAAUGUGGGAAAUUCUUCAGGUAUAAAUCCACACUCAUUAGACAUCAGAGAGUUCACACUGGAGAAAGGCCUUAUGAAUGCAGUGUAUGUGGAGAAUUCUUUAUGUACAACUCCAACCUCAUAAAACAUUGGAGAAAUCACACUGGAGAAAGGCCUUAUAAGUGCAGCGAAUGUGGGAAAUCCUUUAGGUACCACUGCAGACUCAUUAGACAUCAGAGAGUUCACACUGGAGAAAGACCUUUUGAGUGCAGUGAAUGUGGGAAGUUCUUUCGGUACAACUCUAACCUCAUUAAACAUUGGAGAAAUCACACUGGAGAGAGGCCUUAUGAGUGUAGCGAAUGUGGGAAAGCCUUUAGCCACAAACAUAUACUUAUUGAACAUCAGAAAAUCCACACUGGGGAAAGGCCUUAUGAGUGCAGCAAAUGCCGGAAGGCCUUCAUUAGAAAGUCCCAUCUGGUUCAUCACCAGAAAAUCCACAAUGAAGACAGGCUUAUGUGCUCUGUAAAUGUGGGUGAUUCUUUAGGUACAACUCCAGCCUCCUUAAACAUCAGAGAUUUCACAGUGGAGAAGGUUUAUCAUUGACCAUGUCUGUGGACAGUUCAGAAGUAUUAUGUAAAUUCAUAUUUUUAUGCAACUAAUCUCCAGAACGCUUUUCGUCUUGCAGAAGUGAAACUGAACUCAUUAAAUAGCAACAACAACUUAUUCCCCUUCCCUACUGCCCUUGGCAGCUUAAUGUUUCUGCACUCUGUAUCUAUGAGUUUGACAACUAUUGGUACCUAAUAUAAGUGGAGUCAUGCAGUAUUUGUGUUUUGGUGACUGGCUGAUUUCCCUUAGAAUAAUGUCCUCAAGGUUCAUCCAUGUAAUAGCAUGUGUCAGAAUUUCCUUCCUUUUUGAAGGAAAUAGUAUUCCAUUGUAUGUAUCUACUACAUAUCUUUAUCUGUUCAUCUGUUAGUGGACACUUGGGUUACUUUUACCUUUGGACUGUCAGGAAUAAUGCUGCUAUGAAGAUGAGUGUACAAAUAUCUAUUUGAGACCCUGCUUUCAAUUCUUUUUGGGUGUAGGAGAUACCCAGAAAUGGAAAUGCUGGAUUGUAUAGUAUUUCUAUUUUUAAUUUUUGGAGGAACUAUUUUUCAUACUAUCCGUGCUACUUUACUUUCUCAGCAGCAGUGCACAAAGGUUUCAGUCUAUCUGCAUCCUCACUAACACUUCCAUUUUCUGUUUCUGAUUUUUUUUUUUUUUUUUUUUGGCAUUGGCAG